AUGGUGCGAAUAUUGGCCAGAAAUAUCCAGGCCACCAACAUGAUCUCCUCCUUUGCCUCAGUCUUCUUGGCAGCAGGAAUCAUCAUGGAAGAAUGGGUUGUACUCAAGUUGGAAACACAAACAAAUCCGAUAAGCCACAGUCCAUGGAUAUGCUGCAGUUUAGUUUGGCCAGAAGAAAACCUGGAAGUGGUCAGGAUCAUGAUGGUUUUGGUGCUCAGCCUUUCCUUCAUCUACAUCUAUUUCCUGGGUUUAGAACUCUUCUAUCGGAUUCGUCAAACUAAACACGUCCUCUACAUCAUGGUCUUCCUCAGUUUCUUCACAGGUAUCCUUCUGCUCUGUGCACUUCUACUGUACCAGCAAAAGCUAAGGCAAGGUGAAUCCGUGUACUACUCUAGUUACAAGAUCACCUGGAUCAUUUUUACUGCCUACUUAAGUGUUUUCUUCUUUAUUGUCUCUGGAUUCCUCUCUCUCCUAGAGCACAAGCAGUCCAUCAGGGGUUGUGCCUGCCUGACCACCAUUGAUAAACCUGCCAAAGAAAGCCAGGACUUGGAGCCAUCUGGGACUUCCGUCACAGUUGUCUUGUUACCAGAACGCACUGCAAUGCCUUGAAGUAUUGUCCAUGUGCACACUACACAUAGAAUGGAAAAUUCUCCAAACACAUCACAUGUCCAAGCAUGUUGGGUAACUUGGACUGUAGGAUUUGACAGCCUGCCUUUCAGUAUUUGCUCAUCUUAAUGGAAAUAGCUUUGUGUUUCUCUAGCUCUGUUGUGUGUGUGUGGCAUUAUGUAAAUGACUGUGACUGGGUUGGGAUCUGUAAGAUCCAGAA